AUGUGUGUAUCGACCGUGCUUGAAUCACACACAGAUGGUGAACCGCUGAGACGGUGCUCGGGCUUCUGGGUCGAUUGGGACGAGGAGAAGAAAACCGGCCUUGUUUUGACAACUGCGUGGCUGAUUCGCACAAAGGAUUCUCCUGACAGCGGCUGGUCAGGCGGUGAAGAGUAUGCUCCACAUGCUGAUGUCACUGUUCAUUUGCUAAAUGGCACCUGUGCAAAGGGUGAUCUGGUCUACUACCAGCCCCAUUACGAUAUCGCUUUCUUGAAUGUUGAGGUGGAUCAACCUAUCAAGUUACCAUCUUUUCGUGAAGAAGAUGUAAAAUUUGCCGAAGGCAUUUUUCGGCUCGGAAGAGACAAUUCCUUGAAUCUAAGGAUAACAUAUGCUAGGGCAGAAUAUCAGAAUCCAAACAUGUAUCAGCGGUAUCACAAUGUACACUUCCGUUCUCCAGAUGGCCAUGGUGAUGAUAAUGGGUAUGACAAUGGGGGCCUAGUCAUUGACUUGAAGGAAAAAGUUGUCGGAAUGGUCAACCUCCCUAAGAGAUUUGGGUCUUUUAUACCUUCUUCCAUUUUGCUCAAUUGUUUGGAUUCAUGGAAGAAAUAUCGGUUCAUCGCUCGGCCCCAUCUUGGGAUGAUGUUUGAGGCCAUCAAGCAUCUAGAGCCUGCUCAUGUUGACAUGUUAUGGCGUAUGUAUAACAUUGAUCAUGGUCUUAUUGUUCAAGAGGUGUCGAAAGGAUCUAAUGCUGAGAUACUCGGAAUCCAAAAAGGUGAUGUUAUUGAAUCUAUCAAUGGAAAACCUGUUUCUACCACAAUUGAGUUGGAGAAUAUGCUGAUGAGCACAUGCAAGGGCCUUGCUGAAGUUCAUAUUUCUGUUGGGGUGUUUCACACACUCAAAGAAGAACGAAGCACCGUACAGUUGAGUGCAAAAUUAUCAAAACUUGGAGAAGUUAUUACAAGCUAGACUCUGGAAGUGGCUGACAGAAUAGGGAUGCCAAGCUACUGGAUGUUGUUUCUAUGGUGGGCGUAGUGUGAUGGAUACUUAGCUAUGACCACAUAUAUGUACUGUAGUCUCUAGAUAUAUUAGAAGAAAUAACAUCUUUAUUUGUAAUGUAUAUAGUGCCAAAGUAGCAACCCCUUGUGAGAUUCUCUGUUCUGCUAUAAUGACUGCCGAGAGGUUUAUAUAGACCUUACUGAGACCCCUCAGAGGGAGAGAGC